AUGCACGGCAUUGAUGCGACAUCGGCGUCGAUGGACCACGCCGAGGCGCUGACCAAGAGGCUGCUACCGGGAGUGUUUGUGUACAAGGUCAAGAUCGAGAACGACACCAUUCCAGACUCGAUCUUUGUCAACAUGUCCGGUCAGGUGGCGAGCAUGGCCAAGCAGUUCAAGGCCAUUCCCCAGCUUGCGGGCGGCUUUAAUCUUCUCUGUGUCUCGCAGGGUGGACAGAACUGCCGCGGCUACAUCGAGCUCGUCAACGAUCCGCCGGUUAACGCCUUCAUCUCCUGGGUCGCCGUCCAGGGCGGCAUCUGGGGCGUACCCAAUCUCGGCCCGUUCAACCCACUCGUCGACCACGUGCUCAACACCAUCCCCUACAACAGCGAGAUCCAGGCCCACGUCGCGCCGGCCAACUACUGGAAAGACCCCUACAAGCUUGCCGAGUACACUACGCGCUGCACCUGGCUUCCGAUGCUCAACAACAACCCUGAUGCCCCGUCGCAUCCGGAUCCUGCCCGCAAAGCCCGCUUUGCCUCGCUCACCCACCUCGUCGCCCUCUACUCGCACGUCGAUACCGUGCUUAUCCCCAAGGAGACCGGCUGGUUCUGGUUCUAUGCCGCUGACUCGGCAUCGCGUCUCGUCCCGGUCAACGACACUGCGCUCUACCGCGACGACUGGUUCGGUCUGCGCUCGCUCGACGCCGAUGGUCGCAUCACCUGGGGCACCACCACCUGCCACCACCAGGACUACUCCUCGCCCUGCUUUGACAACCACUUUGUCAAGUACGUCAUCCCUGUCCUUGCAGCCCCCAUGGGCGCCCGAUCGCGCGGCGGCUAUUUCUAGCCAGCUCUCUGACGAAGGCCACCUGCAACACUUGUUCCUUCACCCACUUGACCCCCCC